UGAAAAGUUGAUACAAAGUUGUAGGCGUUAACAUGUUUCAUUUGACAGCUAUUUGUAUGAAGCUACACCUGAAAACUAUAAGAUUUUGGAGAAUUUUUUAUUCUUUUACAGCGUCAAGAAAUAAAGGGGGUAUUCCGUUGGAAAAUAAGAUGGUCCGUAUGAGGAUUACAUAAAUGCAGCAUCUGGUGUACCUAAUCUAAUACAUGGAGCUUCCUUGUUUGCAUUAGUAGAAAUGCGUUCAAUUUUAGAGCCGUGCUUUUUUACAUAUUUAAAUUUUAACAUUGGUUAUGUGGUGAUAGGGGUUAAUUUCACAUUUUCCCACUUUAAUCUUCCUGAUUUAACAAAUCAGUGCUACCAAUCUUCUGAUCAUUAACGCCAUGAAAGUUUUGAACCUCAUUCAUUAGCAUCAAAGAUGAGCAAAGUUUUCAGUCGCAGGUUUUGUAGUAGUUACAGCAGUCUUGUGACAUUAUUACAUACAUCCUGCAUCCUGAACUUACCUGAUGUUUUUGUAUUUCUCUGCAGCCACCAUAUGUUAGUAGUUAGUUGAGAAAGUUGUGUGGUAGAGUUGUUUCGAACGAUUUAUCUACUAUCUCAAUUAGGAUACUUAGAUUCUUAUUUCAACUACAUCUUCACCUUUUGAUAUCAAGCUGUGCGAUGUGUCGGUCCUCCUAGUAAUCAGAACAAUUUUCGACAACGAAAAUAAGUGUAAAGUGCUGCAAAAGUACCGUCUAGAAAAUAUACUGUAAAUGGUGUUUUUCCAAACUAGUUUUUUCUAAUAUAAUAGCCUAGAUCCAUUUGAGUUAUCGUUCAAAGUACGAAAUAACCAGAACUUAUGUAUUGAGAGGUCUAAGUAGCAUUAACAUUGGAGUUCUGAAGCAUUAAAUUUAGGCCAGAUAAGCUACGAACAGUGGUGGUAUGAUCACUCAACCACAGCGGUUCUCACCCGAUGUUUUAAAUUGAUUAUUAGUAGUCCAUGAUGUCUCGAAACCAGCAAGUAAUUAGCUAAAUAACUAACCUACGAUAAGGUUCAGUGAUGGUAUGUGAAAGACUUAAAUUAACAGGGAUGUCAUAUGUUUGUACACUCUGGACCGGUUCAUCUUACGUUAUCCUCUAAACUGAGGUUUAUUCAAGUCAAUAGAUUUACCCAAAUAAUUUAGCCGUGAAUUUAAAAUAUUGAUGCAGAAAUUCCGACUUCAUCCGAAGAUAAUCAGAAUAAGUGAAAAUAGGCCAAAUCUACUACAAAGACAAAAGAGAGAACAUUAGAAUCUGUUUAUAUCAUUAAGUUGUUAUUCCAAACGUUUGUCAUCUCUGAAUAAUGGCCACCGUGUCUAAACACAAGAAAGUGAGGAUCAUGAAACAGAAGUUGAAACUUUUUCGAGCCAAUGAACCGUUAAAAAGUGUACUGAUGUGGGGCAUAAAUUAUUCGUUUUCCGCUUUAAAUCAUGUUAAGCAACGUGCACUGUUAUUGAAAGACGAUUUCAAAGCAUAUAUGAAAGUGAAGGUUAAUAACCACUAUUUCAACAAGGAGAAUAUGCCUAGUAGAUUCAAGUUUAAAGAGUACUGCCCAAUGGUGUUCAAGUCAUUACGAGAUCGAUUUGGAGUUGACAAGAUGGAUUAUUGGGACUCUUUCACCAGACACCAACCAUUGUGGGAUAGUACACGUGGAAAAUCUGGAUCGAAAUUCCUAGUCACGUAUAACCGACAAUUUGUGGCUAAGACAAUCAGUUCAGAAGAAGUUGAACAAAUGCAUCAAAUGUUAGAAGAAUACUAUUCUUAUAUUGUCAAAGGACACGGUCAAACACUGCUUCCUCAAUUUCUUGGACUUUAUCGACUUACAGUGAAUGAUCAGGAGUCGUAUAUAUUAGUAAUGAGGAAUGUGUUCAGCCCAAGACUUGCGAUUCACAAGAAAUAUGAUUUGAAGAAUAUUCUGUGUUCAAGUCAUCAUGUGAAACGUUCUGUAAGUAUUCAUUCGUUCUUCGCUCAUGGGUCGACUCAAUUGUCGAGUUCCAAGAUCAACAUUGACAAUGCUGUGACAGUUUUAGACAAGGAGCAUAAACGUCGUCUACGGAUUAAAAAGCAUUCGUUUCAAAGUACCACAGGUUGGUAAUCAUUCACCUAUCUCGACUAUUGUUUUUGGACUGUACUCAUCAUCUAACGAGUGUCGUUUUGCCUAGUGUUGCCCAACAACUUGUUGAGUUAAUCGUCCAUACACUGUAUCCUUAUCCUCGUAAUUAGGGCUCAGCUGUGGAUCGUGAAGCCAACGAAAAGGAGAAGGUGAGCUCACAUCAUUUUCUUUCUCUUCGUCAUUAUCAUCGUUGUGUUCAUGAUCUUUUUCACUGUUGUGAUGUUUCUGUCUCU